AUGCCGGAUCCUCUCGUGAAAGGUGAAAACUAUGAGAAGAAGGUCAUGCUGAGCGUCUGGUGGGGAAUUCAUGGAAUCUACCGUUUCGAACUGCUGCCGGACAACACGACAGUUACUAACGAGGUCUACUGCGCUCAACUGCAAAGGCUGGCAGACAAGAACCGCAAGGAGCACCCGAAGCUCGACAACGUUCACUUGCUGCACGAUAACGCGCGUCCUCACAUCGCGAAGAAGACUUCCCAAAAAAUUCUUGAGCUCAGGAUGGGAAGCUCUACCGCACCCACCAUACAGUUCGGACCUGGCCCCGAGCGACUACCACCUCUUACGAUCCUUUCAGCAUCACCUGGAAGACAAGCGCUUCGAUGA